AUGCUCAAUAUUCCAGCUGAUGCCCGAUGGGUACAAAAUGCAGUCACUGUUGCCGGGGGACAUGGACGAGGCAAUGACGCGAAUCAACUUCUUGGCCCUUUUGGUAUCUACGUUGAUGACGACCAAACAAUGGUCAUAGCUGAUGGCGGUAAUCAUCGUAUCAUACGAUGGAAGGUGGGUCAUGCAAAUGGAGAAGUGGUUGCUGGUGGCAAUGGCUCAGGAAUUGGACUUGAUCAAUUUUCUCGACCAAGCGAUGUGCUAAUCGACAGACAGACAAAUACUUAUAUUAUCUGCGAUUACGGAAAUCGUAGAGUCGUACGAUGGUCUCGUCGUAGUGGCACAACUCAAAGAGAAAUCCUCCUCGACAACAUUAGCUGUUUUGGAUUAGCUAUGGAUGCUGAUAAUAAUCUAUAUAUCUCUGACAUUCAAAAACAUGAAGUAAGGCGAUAUCAAAUAGGAAACAAGAAUGGAACUCUCGUGGCUGGGGGCAAUGGUUAUGGUGCUGGUCUCAAUCAACUCAACUAUCCUUACUACUUCUUUGUCGAUCAAGAACAGACUGUCUACGUGUCUGAUUUUGAAAAUAGUCGUGUGAUGAAAUGGAAUAAAGAUGCAACUGAAGGAAUUGUGGUCGCUGGUGGUCAAGGCGAAGGGAAUGCUUUGACACAAUUGAAUUGUCCUCAAGGAUUAUUCGUUGAUGCGUUGGGUACCCUCUAUGUGGCAGAGAGCAGGAAUAAUCGAGUGACACGUUGGCUAAAAGGAGCAAAAUAUGGCACUAUUAUUUUGGGUGGAAAUGAUGUAGGAAAAGAAGCUAAUCAGUUCCAUUGGCCCGUGGGUUUGUCCUUCGAUCGAAAUGGUAAUCUAUAUGUCGCUGAUCAUUACAAUCUUCGUGUUCAACAAUUUUCUAUAAAAUGUGCGAAUAAACAUGAUUCAUCUUUUUGUGUUCAGCAAUAA